UCGGGGUCCGGUUCUCCUUAUCAGUUAUCACUGCUCUGCACCAUCGUCUCUCUCACGCACUCCACACACUCAGCCAUGGCAACCGAACUUGAGGCGGCGGACGCCCAAAUCACCGCCGCAGCGCCACCAGCCCAAAUCUCCGCCGACGCCGCGCCAUCAAGCGACCCACCACCACUCGAAAACCCCACCCCCGCCGUCGCUCCCACAACCAACCCCCCCAAACGGCAGCGCCGCCCGAGCGUCCGCCUCGGCGAGAUCGGCGGCGAGCAGCCUCACGACGCCCCGCCGCGGCGCCCCGGAAGAAUCUGGCGCUUCCACAAGGACCCCUCCCUCGCCGCCAAAUCUUCCAAAACCCGCCCCCUCACAAACCUCGUCAACGGCGGAGCCACCGACUCCAAUUUCCAAGAUACAAUCGACCCCUCCGAGAAUUUCGCCGAUUUCCCCCACCGGAAGCCCAAAAUCAGGAAGCCGGCGCGGAGAGCACGCACCAACUGGAACAAAUUCGACUCCAUCGCCGUCAACAACGGCGGAACCGCCACAGGUCCCAGCCCCAGCGAACCCCCAAAUUUCCUGCAACAACAACAGAACACCAAUGAAGAGCUCCGGGAGCUCGAGGCGGCGGAGAAUUCCGCAAGCCCUCUGUUAAAAGACCAGCAGAGCCCAAUCAAUUCCGGGGAGAACAUGGGAUUACAGUUUUGGGAUCAACACAGAGGAGGCAGCAACGGAUUGCAUCACAACGAGGAAGGCAGCAAUGUCGGGGUGAGGGAGUGGCUAUUAGGGUUAGGGUUGGGAAGAUACUCCCCUGUCUUCGAAAUUCACGAGGUAGACGAUGAAGUGCUCCCCAUGUUAACUUUGGAGGAUCUUAAGGACAUGGGAAUCACUGCAGUCGGUUCCCGGAGGAAAAUGUAUUCCUCCAUUAUCAAGCUCAGAAAAGGAUUUGGCUUCCCAAAGUGACUCAGUUCUUGAACACCAAACUCUGUAUGUACGUAUGUAUGUUCAAGGUUUUUGUGGUAACUUGAAGCAAUAAUGGUGUCCUUCUGUUGGGUUCUCUGA